UUUGCAAAUUAUCCAUUUCUGGUGUAACGGGGAUAGAGACGUAAUUACCAACGAGGACCGAUAGCUUCACAGCCAACUAAGCCAAGGCUGAAAGGAGAAUCAUGACAGCCGAGAAGGCGAUACCUGUCAUUAAUGGCAAACCUGAGGAUGCUUUGGAUGCCGAGGCUUCCAGCGCCAAUCUGGUUCACACCAAUGACAAGAAGAUGAAGGAGAGGGGUCACUGGAACAACAAGGUGGAAUUUGUGCUAUCGGUGGCCGGGGAAAUCAUCGGUCUUGGGAACGUUUGGCGCUUUCCAUAUCUUUGCUACAAGAAUGGAGGAGGUGCCUUCCUCAUUCCAUACGUGGUAUUCUUCAUAUUUUGCGGAAUACCAGUGUUUUUCCUUGAGACGGCGCUGGGGCAGUUUACUAGCGAGGGCGGCAUUACCUGCUGGAGGAAAGUCUGCCCCUUGUUUGAAGGAAUUGGAUAUGCCACCCAAGUCAUCGAGGCACAUUUAAACGUCUAUUACAUCAUCAUUUUAGCAUGGGCAAUUUUCUAUCUAUUUAACUGUUUUUCUGCUGAACUUCCUUGGGCAACAUGUGGACACAAAUGGAAUACAGACAAGUGCGUAGAAUUUCAAAAACUCAACAUGAGCAACGGAAGUCAGGCUUUCUACGCCAACGCUACCUCUCCGGUGAUGGAAUUCUGGGAGCGCAGGGUUCUCGCCAUCUCCGACGGGAUUGAACAUAUUGGGGAACUCCGCUGGGAACUGGCGCUGUGUCUUCUCGCCGCGUGGACGGUGUGCUAUUUCUGUAUAUGGAAAGGGACAAAGUCUACGGGAAAGGUGGUGUAUGUCACAGCCACGUUCCCCUAUGUAAUGCUGAUUAUUCUCCUGAUCCGUGGGGUCACUUUGCCCGGUGCAAGUCAAGGAAUAAAAUUCUACCUGUAUCCCGAUUUAUCUCGACUGUCUGAUCCCCAGGUGUGGGUAGAUGCAGGCACUCAAAUCUUCUUCUCGUACGCCAUCUGCUUGGGCUGUCUGACUGCCUUGGGAAGUUACAAUAACUACAAUAAUAACUGCUACAGAGACUGUCUUCUGCUUUGCUGCUUAAACAGUGGCACCAGCUUUGUGGCUGGUUUUGCCAUAUUUUCAGUCCUUGGGUUUAUGGCGUACGAACAAGGAGUGCCCAUUGCCGAGGUCGCCGAGUCCGGUCCAGGUCUGGCGUUCAUAGCUUACCCGAAGGCUGUCACCAUGAUGCCGCUGGCCCCUUUGUGGGCUGCCCUGUUUUUCAUGAUGUUAAUUUUCCUUGGGCUUGAUAGUCAGUUCGUGUGCGUGGAGAGCCUGGUCACCGCCGUCGUGGACAUGUAUCCAAACGUGUUCCGGAGAGGCUACCGCAGAGAGUUAUUAAUUUUAGCCCUCUCCAUUGUAUCCUUCUUUCUUGGGCUCAUAAUGCUAACAGAGGGCGGAAUGUACGUGUUUCAGUUGUUUGACUCGUACGCUGCUAGCGGGAUGUGUCUGCUCUUUGUUGCCGUGUUUGAAUGCGUCUGCAUAGGCUGGGUUUAUGGAAGCAAUCGAUUUUAUGAUAAUAUUGAAGAUAUGAUUGGUUAUCGGCCAUUUGUAUUAAUAAAAUGGUGCUGGAUGAUCUUUACCCCUGGAAUCUGCGCAAGUAUCUUCAUAUUUUUCCUUGUUAAGUACAAACCUCUGAAGUAUAAUAAUGUUUACACGUACCCGCCGUGGGGCUAUGGCAUAGGAUGGAUGAUGGCUCUUUCCUCCAUGGUCUGUAUCCCUUUGUGGAUUUUAAUAAAAGUCUGGAAGACGGAAGGGACUUUUUUAGAGAGGUUGAAGACUUUGAUCCAGCCCAGCCCGGAGCUGAAGAUGAGGGGGAAACUGGCGGCCGACGCAUGCACCAAUGCCGUCAGCGAGUGUGAAACGAAGCAGGACGGGAACAUCUCUGCCAUCACAGAAAAAGAAACCCACUUCUGAAAGGACGAAUUUCUGGCUGUUUUGUAAAAUAAGAGUAUAAAUGAAAAAUAUUUCAUUCAACUAUAGAAGUUUGCUUGUUUCGCACAAAUUUUAACAGGUUCAUUUUAAUGUGCACAUUGUAUAAUUGGUUAAAAGUGAGUUUUUUAAUUGUUAUAUAAAUGACUUAUUAUAAAA